AAACACGCCAUUGGCCUAGAGCUGCCAUAGACCAGAAUGCAAUUCGGUAUAGAUUAUGCAUCCCAGCGUACUUUGCAAGCACGAGGCGAGAGAUUGUUGUCUGGUUGUCUUGUAAACAUGGCUGAGAAGGAUUGGAACAAAUUCAAGGAUAAAAUGAAAAGCAAGAAAGCUCAGAAGAUUAAAGAAAAGCCAAUUAAGGGGAAGGAAAAAACAAAUGAGCUAGUAAUACAGCGUCUGAGCGCAACAGUUGCUGGUAAGGCCCAGAAGUACUCCCGGAUUGGUCCUCGUGAGUUUGUAGCUUUCGAUCAGGACGGUGACGAAUUUACUAUCGAAGGUAUCAAGAAAGCGUGCGAAAGGCACUUUGCCCCGAUUUUAACAUCUAAAAUGACCUGCGAUAUUCUUGCAGGCGAGCAAGGGCCAUCUUGUUCAACUGUAGCUCAAAUACCUAACACAAAGUUGAUCCAUGUGCGAUUCAUUGCUGGUACAUCUGAGGUACAUGCUUACCAGGACAUUGAGGACAGUAGCUCAUCUGAACCUGAAGAAGUCGGUCCUGAUCCAUGUAAAAGAACGCAAAGGAAAUCGAAAAGUGAACCUUCCCCAACUAAAAAAAAGGUAASUGAGUAUCCUAGGAGUUUGUCUGUCGUAGACAUGAUGAAGCUUGGUAGACUCGUAAAGAAACAAAGAACAAGCCUGAUUUCACUCCACGCAUUUAACAUCUCUGACAUGUCGUGGACCAAAGAACCAAUGCCUGUUGAAUUCACCAUUGAAGAACAGCCACUGGGAACUGGGGGUUUUAGGAAGGCCAUGAAAGCAUCUACGACACAUUCCAAGUAUUCCAGCAAACUGUGGGUCGUAAAAAUAUACUUGCCGAAAGCACUGGACGACUUAAGAUUGUUGAAUCAACCUGUGGAUUGUCACACUAAAAAGGUAGUGCAAAUGCAUAGUUUGGCAAGGAACUUUGCAGUUUCUCUGGCAAACAAAGUCAAGGGCUCUAAAGAAUUUGGCCAGCCUAUCCAGUAUACGGAGAUAUAUUAUGGGACAAUUGACGAAGAAGAAACUGUAAAUGUCACAGUAGAGGAAUUUGUCCCGGGAGAAUUUAUUAAGUUUAUCACCAACAAUGGAGAGAUUGUUGUAGAUAAAGACAGUGAGUUUUGUAAGAAAGCACAGUGUCUUGCACACUAUUCGUAUGAAAAAUCUGAAAAGUCAAUGAUGGUUCUUGAUAUUCAAGGCAGUGGUAAUGUGAUGUAUGAUCCUGAAAUAGCUACGUCAACAUCAAAAGGUGAUGAUGAUGCAUUAGCUCUGCUAUUUGGGAGUAUAAGUUCCAAGAUCCAACACUUUUGUGAAAUAAGCGUGAGGCAAAGGAGAUUUUCAGACUAAGAGGUAUUAUACUGCUCAUUUACAGUGCAGCUUAUUCUAAUCAAAGCCACCCAAACAAAUGUACCACAAUGUUUUCAAUAUUGUGAAAGUACACAUGAUUAUAUUAAAGCAGAAAAUGAGAAAGUCAUAAUUGGAUAAUAUAUUUGUAAUAAAAAGUAAUUGUUUUGGUGGCCUUAUUUGAUGUAGAUGCAUAGCAGAGCAUGCAUCAUACAUCCAUGAAUCAAUUCCUAAUAGCAAAAUUUUACAUUCUUAACUAAAUUGGCUAACAACAAAGAAGAAUUGUCACUGCUCGCACAAAGACAGCUAAUUAAGUCACAAUUGUAUCUUGCACUUUUUCACUCCACUAUAAGUGUCAAGUUUUAUUUCGUGGAUAAAUUUCAUGCACUCUUACAGCAGUGCCUCUCUUUCUGUACUAGAGCAUGGUAAAUACAAGACAUGGCUUUGCUCCAUCUAAAUCCAUGCAGUGUAGCUACCUCACAAGCUCAUUAACAUAUCCAUUCAUGGAAUACUGAAUUUAUUAUUCCAUUUCAAUCUUUUUAAAUGUUUUACAAAUGUUCUGUCAUUUUCAUUUAUUAUUCAUGCAUCCUUAUGACUAUUUAAAGGUACAAAAAUGAAUAGAAUAGACAAAAAUGACAUGAGGCGAGCAAAGUUAUAUUAUCAAGAUUUUGAAGUUCAAACUCAUUUUUUUAUAUUUUCUCCAACAAUCAAAUGCUUUUUAGAUAUUAUAUCAAAUAUGCAUUUUGUGUUAUGAGCUUUCAGAAAAGGUAUAUGUUAUUAGAAAUUUAUAGCAGAUUGAAUGCACUAUAUGGCAUUAAAGUAACAAGCCUGUUUAUGUCAGGGGAUAUUCUUAAAAAUAAAUUGAAACAUAGUUUGAGAUCCAGAGAAAUAUACAGGUGAUAUAAGAUAAAAACAGGAAAAAUACAAUAUAGUGCAUUUUGGAGUAUUGGCUUUAUAUAUGAUAUACUGUGUGUAUGCACAGUAAUAUUAGGAUUUACAGUGCAGCUACUAUAAUUUGGGCCACUUCAAUUAGUCUCAUUAAGCAAGAAGUAUAAGAGUAUAAGUAUAAGUAUAAAAGUACCACUUCACAAAGCCAAAGUAAACCAUGAUCACACAGUCGGUUAAAAAAUCUCCUAGGAGGUUUGAACUUACAAUGAUUUAGGAAAAGAGCACAUUGAGCACAUUGAUAGAAGACCUUGGAGACAUGAUAAUGUGAUUCAUCAUUUUCCAUAGAAUGGUUCACCAGUCAAGAACAGAGCAUUUUGUUGAGGCUGCAAGCUACAAAUUUGCAUAUCCUUAGAAAUCACCUUGAAGUCUUGAUUGAGUGCCUUGUAUUUGGCCAGUGAACUAAUGUAUGGAAAAUGGUGAUUUGGCAACUGCUGUUAUCAGUUUUAUCACUGUCUGGUUUUUCUGCAUCUACAGUACCUUGUCAGUCUUGUUGGAUUCAUCUUGUUCAAGUGAUCCUGGUUAUAGUAGCAGCACAAGGUUGAAGAAGGCAAAAUGUAACUGUUUUAGAAA